AUGUCAACAAAUUUCAAACACUCUCAUAGAAAUACAAUAGAUGCGUAUAAGCAAUCUACUCUGAAUCCUCCUUCUAGCACUAUUCCUUCAGCUCCAGAUAUGAGAGAAGAUGACAUUUCCUCUUGUACAACAUUUGGCACCAUAUCUCAACAACAAGAGGACACAACCACAACAACAACAAGAAGAGGAAAAAAAACUACAACUGUACGUGGAGCGGCAAUCGAUACGAUAACGAUGGGGCAUGCGGUUCGUGUUCCUCACGCCCUGCAGUCAGCCACGCGACGUACAAUGUUAGACAUUCUCACUCAAUUAAAUCGUGAGAAGAGUGUAAAUGAAACGGAUGAAUGUGUGGGAAAUUCAUUAGCACAUGGAAGAAAACUCUUAUAUGAUGGCGUCAAUACAAAUAAAAAUCCUUCUAUACUUGUUAACGCAACUACUAUAGCUGCUUCUACUUCUACUUCUCAUGUUUUACCAGAUCUCUCGAGAAGUCUUCGACAUUUACUACCGUCUCGACGAGGAAAUGCCGCUAACACACGACAACAAUGUAGACAACGACAAGAAGAACUAUUGCACGCCGAAGAGGAUAGUAUUUCUGAGUUUGAAGAUGAUGAUAAUAAUAAUAAUAAUAAUAAUGUUCACAUGAAGAAGGAGAAGAAAAGAGGUAGUGAUGAGACAAGAGGAGUCCAAGAGCCGUAUUUGAUAAAUGAAGAAUGUCUCGCAAAUGAUCAUACGGAACCGUAUUCUUUUCCACGGACUGUAUUGGACCGCGAAGAGGGACAACGUCGUGGGCGUCACCGCAGUUGGGCCAAACUCUUCAAUUGUGAUGAUCUCCACAAUGAUGAUCCCUCAAUACAAGACUCUCUUCAUACUGUACAACAACAACAACAGCAACAAGAAAUGCCAAAGUUUACACCUGUUACCCGCGUUUCUACGAAAUCUUCACACCGAAGCUCCAGUUCUCUGCACGCGGUGUGGGCGGAUGUGGAGGAUGAGCGGCGGAGUUCAACGGCGGGCCGAACAUCACUCGCCACGUUGUUAGAUGCCGCGGAGGCUGAAGAUGAUGAGCGUCGACGGAGUUUUUCACAUCUCUUGGCUGCGGAGAAAACGGAAAAGAAGGGCAUGGAGUAUGAAGAGGAAGGAGAAAAUAAUAAUCAUUCCAUGCUUCUCCUAUCAUCUCAUACCUUUGGUAAACCAUCAUUUGGAGCUAUGGGAUUGUCAUUAAACAAUGGAAGUAGUUCCUCCGCCUCUGCGGUAGCGGCACUCUUGCAGGGAUCAUCAUCAACAACAAUAACAUCAACAAGUGCUGUAGUGAAGCGUGGUGGUGGUGUUUGUAGAGGAAGAAUGAGUGCGGCAUUAAAGCAACUCUCUGGAAAUCCAACAUCCGCUCGUGUUGUGACUUAUCUUGCACGUAGCUUUGAUGAUUGGAGGUUGGAUGCUCCAGCUAUAUCUCAAUUUAAUAAAGAAAUGGAAGAAGGAAGAGCGAAUAGUACUCUUGAUGAAUCUUCCAAGUAUACUUUACUUUCAGGAACGAGUGGUGUGCAGUUAAAGCUUCGUGUAGUGAUGGUAGAAAAUACCUACUCUAUAUAUUGUCUCCGUGUUGAGAUUGUAUGGGCAGAUGAACAGACAUCUAUGGAACUCGGCUAUGAUUAUAAUAAUAAUAAUAAUAACACCACUAUCUUAUCAACCACAACUGCAAUGGAAGAACACGAUGAUGAUGAAGGGGAAUCUCUUCCACCGUGUAGUGUAGAAAGAAAUAAAUUAUGGACCGUUGCUCUCACAACUCCUUCCUUUCAGUCUACACCUAUUGUGGUGGGUGAACACUUGUAUUUAGCCCGUCCCUUCUUUUGUUAUCCUUCCAUUCAAACUAUUGUUGCCUCACUUAAUAUCACAUCCGAUUCAGCUCUGCGUCAACCACAACCCACGCGACAGGGACGCCGUCGUCGUCCACGCGAAGAAAUAUCUUCACAAGAACAACAACAACAAGAACAGAAACAACAGAAACAAGAACAAGAGAAUGAUCCACAGAAUUGUAUGAUGGGCUAUGAAAAAAUGUCAAUGGAUACAACCACACCUGAAAGACCAUCCAGACCAGCUAUAUCACUGAGUGCCCCAUCUCCGUUCGCAGCGUAUGAUCCUUUUCUUAAUACACCAACUAAUCCAUUUCGAAAGAGUACUGUAGACACCGAUCCAUCUGCUGCCUUCUCUCAGAGACAGCAACAGGUUGGAAGGUCAUUAAAAAUGACAUCAGAAGAAGAAGAAAAUAAUAAUAAUAAUAAUAAUAAUAAUAAUAAUAAUAAUAAUAAUAAUAUGUCAGAUAAUUCCAUUUCUGUAAGUAUACAGCAAACAGUAAAGCAUGAUAUCAUUGGUGAUCAUUUCCCCCGUGGACCUGGUGAAGAAUGGGAUGUACCGCUAGAAGUCUUGUUAGCGUUGUGUCCAAUACAGAAUCCUGCGGCUUUUACUUCUUCAGCCGCGGAUGCAGACAAUUUUUUUAGUCCUUCUGCAGUACAGUCGUGGAUGAGAAGUGGUGGUGAUGUGGUUUCCUCCUCCAUCUCUUCAUUAUCAUCCGUUGACGAGGAUGAUGAAGUGCCUCCCACGCUAACAAACCAAAAAGUCUCCGCAUGGAGAUAUGAUGAUGUGCUGUUGAGUGAUUGA